AAUUAAUCACAUUCCAUUGAUCAAGCAUGGGUUUGAAAAAUCUGUUCAACCGGGAGAAGGACGCAAUAUCCUCCGGCGGGGCGUCGCGAUCGAUGUCACUGUCGGUGCGGUCGCGCGUGCGGAUUGGGGGAGAGCUGGAGCAGGUGUUCAAAAAGUUCGACGUGAAUGGAGACGGGAAGAUAUCGGCGUCGGAGCUGGGGUCGAUGAUGAGGAGCCUGGGGCAGGCGGCGACGGAGCAGGAGGUGGACAACAUGAUCCGGGAGGUGGACGGCGACGGUGACGGGUGCAUCAGCCUGCAGGAGUUCAUCGAGCUGAACACCAAGGGCGUGGACUCCGACGAGGUGAUGGAGAACUUGAAGGAUGCGUUCUCCGUGUUCGACAUGGACGGUAACGGGUUUAUCACAGCAGAGGAGCUGAACACGGUGAUGCAGAGCCUGGGGGAGGAGUGCUCCCUGGCGGAGUGCCGGAGGAUGAUCGGCGGUGUGGACAGAGAUGGCGACGGCACCAUCGAUUUCGAGGAGUUCAGGACGAUGAUGAUGAUGGGGUCGCGUCAUGACACUACUGAUAGAGUUAAACCACCUCCAGAAACGUAUUAACCUUUUCGCACGUUACUCUUUCUAUUCCUCUACCUCUAACUGUACAAAAACCUACCGAUUAAAUAUAUUGUAUGUAAAUUUCUUCAAUCCAAAGAGAUGUAUUUCUAUUUCUGUUUCAAUUUAGACUUUUACCUUUCUUCAUCCAA